AUGCUCUUCACUACCUCGCACUCGUCCAUCCCGCGCCUGCUCGUCAUCCCCCUCUUCUUCUGCAUUAGCGGCUUCCUCUUCUUCACAAGCAAAUACUAUGGCUCCGUCGGCAUGCACAUGUCCAUGCUCACAGGCAACAACAUCACCGCCGCCAGUUCCACCUUUGGCGCCCCAGUCAAGCACUUUUGGUCGGAGCUCGCCACGGCCUUGCUCGACGCCCAACCCCAAUGCGAGCCCUUGAAACUCGACGACGAGGGCUUCGAGUCCUUCAUCAACUUUGUCCCGCUCGAGCCCCACAAGAAGCACCCCAAUCGAUUGGUCAACUUCACCGACAACGAGGAGACGGCCUUGUUCAGAGCCCACUAUGCUAUGCGCACCUCGGCCUCGAAUCUCGCGCCCCACGUGCCCUUUACCAAAGACACUACCGGUAUCGUUACCACGGCCAACGCAAAGUACAUGCCCAUCUUGUUGGUGUCACUGCGCAUGCUCCGCCGCACCGGAUGUGACUUGCCCAUGGAAGUCUUCAUUGACGACUGGUCCAAGUACGACGCAACAGUGUGCGACACUGUCCUCCCCUCGCUCAACGCCCGCUGCAUUGUCCUGUCCAACAUCUACGACACUGCCGCCGACGCAAAGGCUCCCGAGCACUACCAGUACAAGGCCUUUGCUAUCCUCUUCUCGUCCUUCCAGCACGUCCUCUUCCUCGACAGCGAUGCCUUUCCCUCGCAGGAUCCCUCCGGACUGUUUAAAACUGCUCCUUACACGACCCACGGCCUCGUCACUUGGCCCGACUUCUGGGCUCAGUCCAUUUCGGAGCACUUUUACCACAUCGCCGCCAUACCCGAAGUCGCAUCUCAGUCGAGGCGCUCAACCGAAAGUGGUCAACUACUAAUCAACAAGGACGUGCACCGCGAGACGAUCCUCAUGAUGCGGACCCCUUUCUUCGACUACAAAUACCUGCCCCCAAUGCGCAACCACAUUCACGACCAGGCAUUCUGGCAAGACGCCGACCUUGAAAACGCCGAUUCAUCCAAGAAGCAACGCAACCGUGCUCUCAAAAUCCCCACCAAGCCCCGUCCCCUCUUCAUCCACCAAAACACAUUGAAGCUGGAUCCCGCAACCGUCAUAGGCGACAGCAAGCUGUACGAGGCCGACGGCUCUCCGCAUAGAAUGUGGGGCAAGAAAGAAAACAUGGAAAAGGACAUUGGCUACGACAUUGAGCAACGAGUCUGGGAAGUCGUCAUCGAAGAGGGAUGCAGAGAGAACCCCGACGGCGAAACUUGCAAGAAAAUUAGAGCCUGGUACUACGACGUCUUUGGCCGCAUCAACACAUCGGAUAUGCCGCUCGCAUGA